AUGUCCAAGGAAGAGAAGAAGCCGGUCCAAGUCGACGAUGACGAGCCUGAUGACUGGAGACCAGGGACAAGAGAAUAUUCAGCACCGGCUGCGCAGCAUCUGACGGAGACCAGCCGAGCAACUGAAGAUGAACGACUGUUACUACGAGAAGAGAGACUGGAGAGCAUGCAGCAAAGAGGUCGCCGAGAUGCUUCUCAACCCGUAGAAGCUGGAUUAUACACUUAUAUCUAUAUACUUGUACCUAUGGAGGCCUUUAGGGAGUGUUGGAAACGCCACGGAAACAACGAGAGAACAGAGACUCGAGAUAACUAG